UGCUUCAGACUUGAGAGAGACAAAGAGGCCACAUAUAUGUUAUCCCUUGUCCUAAACAAGACGCUACUUCUCCUAUCAUGGCAUUAUCUCUCUCUUCCACUACUGCAUUUACAUGUUCACAGCUUUAUGACAACAAGUCAGGACUGCAGUUCACCAGCUUAAGCUCUCACAAACGUAACCCAAAUGCUGUCAAUGUCAAGUGUGAAUCGACGGAGUCUGAGUUGCCUGCAAAUGCAAAGAAAUCCAAGCUUGCAAUUGGGUCUCCUGUUAUUGUGGUCGAGGCUCCGAGAAUGAUAAAAACCGCAGCAUCAGUUCCAUGCCUCAGGGUUAACUCUGGCUUAGUCAAGCCUGGUGAUGUUGGAAGAAUUGUGUCAAGAAAGCCUAAGGAUGUGUGGGCGGUACGUCUAACGAUUGGCACUUACCUCAUAGAUGGGAAGUACUUCAAGCCCUUAGAGCUUGAUCCUUGACCAAUACAUUCGGCUUCGACACGAUAGAAUCGUUCUCAUUCUCAGUGAUGAUCACCCAGUUCCGCUGAAAGAAUUUUUGAAAGACCACCUUUUCUAUUAAUUAAUACCUGACAGUACAUAAUCUCUUUGUAAUUCCCUUUUCUCAUAAUGUUAUAUUUUGGGUAGCAGCAAGGCUAGUGUGGCUUUUAAUUCUGAUAUUCUGAGUUCUACUGCAAACGCCCUUGGUCCUAGAAGCAAUCAUAAGGGGAAUCCGAAGCCGAAUAGUAAUGAAUGUGUGCCUGUUCAUUCGGUUUGUCCCUUCUAGCUCCAAAUGCCCGUCAGCAUCAUCUUCUUUCUUGUAGUGUUGGAAAGCCUGAUCAAACUCUCGUUGAUACGGCUUUGCAGCUUGGCUGGGAGAAUACAGGGCUUCACACACAUAUUUUCUGGAUAGUCAGAUUGAAAAUUUUUCCGAGUCCAUUAUUUUUUUUCUUUUCAGAAUUAUCUGGUAAUGUGGUGGUCUUUUUCCAAUCUGGAAGAGACUUGUUAGGGUAUUGUCACUUCAAAAUCAUAUCAUUUUGAUAAUUGGUUAUUGAACCAAAGAAUAGCUUAGA